AGCUGUUGGGGUGGUGAGUUUUAACAUUCUGUGCUAUAAUCUCUAUCUCGUGCAGCGCAAAAUGUCAGCCUUAUGGAGUGAAAAUUUUUGACAGACCCAGUCGAGAUCGAGCCAGUCAGCCAGUUCAGACCAGUCCAGUACGGUACGGUCGGUUCAACCUUCAACUCGUGUACGCGAAUUGCGAAUUGCGGUCCGCAUUGGGAUACAGUCGGAACAUUUUGGGAAAUUUUUGGUGCCUUACAGCUUGCAAGUGGAGGUAGCCAUUUCCGUGUCGAUUGUCGUCGCGUCAUUUGAAGGAAUGAAACUGAUUCGGUGAUAGGAAAGUGAUUUUCUGCGUAGGGAAUGCUUGAAAAAGGUGCUUUGUUCAAGUGACGGGGAAAAAAAGUGUGACCAACAACGAGGAGGAAGAAUUAUAUGUACCCAAGUGCUUUUUUCGCCUUGAGGAAGGUGUGAAAACAGAGAUUGAGAGCGUGUGGGUCUCGUGGAAAGUGGGGUUUCCUGUGCGAAAUUGUGUCGGACAGUGGCCUAGGCCAAUGAGCUGAGGCGGCAAGGAUUUUCGUGGGGUGGUCACCGAAGAGUGCAGCCCGAUGUAGUUCCUUAAACAAACGCGAUUUAGAAUUUUACACAUCAAGGGUAUCACAAAACCAGAACACUGCAUGCCGCUAUCCCUUGAGAUCAUACAAAAUACCAGGUUCUGCACCAAUAUGGUUUUUGUGUGAUUGACAAGUGUUGAUAAAAGCGGCAGUAUUAUCAAUUCACACGAGCACCGAAAUCAACCAUCGGGAGCAUUCGAAGCAAAGCAUUCGAGUCUAGGAUUUUCGUUCGUCUGCGAAGCAAAGGAAACCGAUUGCGUGUCACAUUUUCGGAAUCUUGGGAGAUAACCUGACUGAUUGGCUGGAGUGAGGCGGGUAGCUGUUACUAGAAGCGAGGAUUUCCCAUCGAAUCGAUGAGCGAAUAAAUCCCGUCCAGCGAGUCGCAAACCUACUCACCCAGUCUGGCAAACAGCGAAACCAUUUGCCACCGUAGCCAACGUGCCAUGCACCAAGCUUGUUUCUGCAGAACUGCUAUGAACGUCGUCUAUCACCGCUUCGUGAGGAGAUAGCAUAGCCACAACGGUAUAGAAGAAUAUCGCUGAUUAACAGCCUCUACGAUUGCCACCGCCAUCAUCUCGCAGCACAACCAUCGGCAUCAAUUACUACUACUGCUGCUCUUACAAUCAGACAGUCACAAUUAUUUCAGUUUGAUUUCCCGCACCAAAAUCACUAGAGCAAAACCUCCCUGACGUCCUCGUCGUCACUAUAGCGAGGCACCUGUUAGCCAUGCCACACGACAACAACAAAGAACAUCCUCCGCCUAGCAGCGGAGGUCCCACUUCACCCGUCCCGUCCCUGAAAGCCGACAUCCCGGACCAGGCCAACGGCUACCAAGAGCUCUACAGUUCAAUGCGUAGCAACAAAUCCAACAAGUCCAAAACGUCCAUCUACGAUCGGAAUCAUGAAAAGCAACACCCGGACGGGAUGUCCACCCUGGUCGAACUCCUCACCGAAACCUCUCAAGCGUCCACGCACGACAUCCUGAACGAUGGCGAAGAGGACCAGAUGUUCAUCACCGGCUACGAAAAGUCCCCCGUCAAGUCAUUCUUCUGCUACUUUGGAUUCUUCCUAACGCUCGGAAUCAUGCGGCUGGUGAUGCACUGGUGGCAACACUGGCUACUGCUGGCAACCCAUCGGAAAUGCUCACUGGAAGUGGCCCAGAAGGUGCUGGUGCAUGAGCGCUACCAGGGCAAGCACGACGCCUUCUACGUCAAGAACGUCAUCAACAUGGACUCCGAAUCGAUCAAGGAAAUCGCCUCCAACUCCAAACGCCUUUCGCCCAACGGAAAGAACGUCGUCAAAGAGCUCGAACAUAUCGGCAUCACCGAUCGGGUGCAGUUCAUCCAACAAAUCACCCCGUUCCAGGUGGCGUUUCACCAGUCCGGCGGCAAAUUCGACCACUACAAUGAAAUUCGGUUCUUCAGCUGCAAGAAGCUACGCUACAUCUGGAACAAGGACUCCAAGCGGUUCGUCAAGCUGACCGGGCUGGAUGUGCGCGUUCCCAGCGUGACCAUUCACCACACCAAGGGCCUUUCGGUGUACGAGCAGAACAUCCGGCGACUGGUCUACGGAACGAACGAGAUUCUGAUUCCGCUGAAGGGCGUCUUCACGUUGCUGUUUCUGGAAGUGCUGAACCCAUUCUACGUCUUUCAGAUCUUCUCCGUCAUGUUGUGGUUUGUGUACGAUUACUACUACUAUGCAACGGUUAUUAUUCUGAUGAGCGGUUUCGGUAUUACGGCGUCCAUUCUCCAAACGCAGAAGAAUCAGAAGGCGCUGUAUUCCACGGUCAAGAAUAGCGAUACGGCGAUGGUCGUUCGGGAUAACUGCGAAUCGGAGCAAAUCGAAACCAGGUUCUUGGUACCGGGUGAUGUGGUGGAAAUUCCGGCCACUGGGUGUACGAUGCAGUGUGACGCUGUGCUAAUCUCUGGAAACUGUAUCUUGGACGAAUCGAUGCUAACGGGGGAGAGCGUCCCAGUUACGAAAACGCCGCUCCCGUUGAAACGCGAUUUGAACUACGAUCACAAGGAACACGCCCGGCACACACUGUUCUGCGGAACAAAGGUAAUCCAGACUCGAUACAUUGGCAGUGAGAAGGUCUUGGUGAAGGUGAUCAACACGGGUAACAUCACGGCCAAGGGUGGAUUGAUCCGAUCGAUUCUAUACCCUCCUCCAGUAGACUACAAAUUUGAAAAGGAUUCGUACAAAUUCAUCAUGGUAUUGGCGUUCCUUGCAGGAUGCGGUUUCCUCUACACCGUAGUCACAAAGAUCAUGCGUGGUGUUGGAGCACUGAAGAUCAUUGUCGAAUCUCUGGAUUUGAUCACCAUCGCUGUCCCUCCAGCUUUGCCCGCAGCUAUGACCGUUGGCCGCAUGUACGCUCAGAAGCGACUGCAGAAGAACAACAUCUACUGCGUGUCACCGCGAGCGAUCAACGUAUCCGGCAGUAUCGAUUGUGUGUGUUUCGAUAAAACUGGUACCUUGACCGAGGAUGGGCUGGAUAUGUGGGGUGUCCUGCCCAAAGACUCCACCAACAACUUCCAGAUUCCGCUCACUCAAAUCACCCGGCUUCCAAUGACGGAACACUUGCUCAGCGGAAUGGUAACGUGUCACUCGAUCACCUUCGUCAACGGAGAAAUGCGAGGCGAUCCACUGGAUCUCAAGAUCUUUGAAUCAACAGGCUGGAUUUUGGAGGAAGCGAACGUUUCCGAUGAGACCAAGUACGAUCUGCUGUUCCCAACAAUCGUGAAGCCCCCGCGAGGCGGUUCCAAGGACGACCUAAAUCUGGAACUGGACGUGGCGUACGAUAACUCCAACGAUAUUGGCAUUGUGCGGGAGUUUUCGUUCACCAGCGCUCUGCAGCGGAUGUCGGUGAUCACUAGAAAGCUGUCGGACAAUCACUUCAAUGUAUACGUAAAAGGCUCGCCGGAGAUGAUCAGCAGCCUGUGCAAGCCGGAGAGCAUCCCAGAAGAUUUCACCACGAAACUAGGAUUCUACGCACAGCAAGGUUACCGGAUCAUUGCGAUCGCUUACAAGUCGUUGGAUAAGAAGAUGAACUACUCAAAGGUUCAGAAGGUGUCCAGGGAGAAGGUUGAAUGCGAUUUGGAAUUUUUGGGUUUCGUGAUCUUAGAAAAUCGUUUGAAGGCGGACACGGAGGAGGUGAUCGAGAGUUUGAAUGUGGCGAAUGUGCGAUGCAUUAUGGUUACUGGCGAUAACUUACUCACAGCGGCGAGUGUGGCUCAUGAUUGCGGGAUGGUUAUGCCUGGUCAGAGUUUGGUGACGCUGACGGCUCACGUGGACAAAAAUAACCCGAACAAGCACUUCCUCAGUUAUGAUAUAACGGGUCAACCGCAGCUGACGCAGUCGGAUAUAAUCAACGAUAACAAGGUUACCGACGACAAGCGAAACGGAAACUAUACGCUUAUGACCCAAUCCAACAGUAUCAGCAGUUGCGAUACGGUCGAUACCUGCACGAUCUCGACACAGUUAAGUGGGUUCGAUAAGGAAGAGCAUCAGAUCGCUAUCGAGGGCGACAGUGAUAAAAGUGUAUCGGUGGGUGCCCAGGGUGGAUCGUUCCGAUUCGCUUUGACCGGAAAAACGUGGGCGGUCGUCAAAGAGCACUUCCCGGAGUUGGUACCAACGAUCAUAACGUUCGGAACGGUGUUUGCUCGGAUGUCGCCGGAUCAGAAACAGCACUUGAUCACGGAUUUGCAAAACUUAGGAUACUACGUUGCUAUGUGCGGUGAUGGCGCCAAUGACUGUGGAGCGUUGAAAGCUGCGCAUACUGGGAUUUCGUUGUCAGAAGCUGAGAGUUCGGUGGCGUCACCAUUUACUUCGAAGAGUCCAACGAUUGCUUGUGUACCAAAGGUGAUCAAGGAGGGCCGAGCGGCAUUGGUUACAUCGUUUGGAAUUUUUAAAUACAUGGCUGCAUAUUCGUUGGUGCAGUUUGCUUCCGUCUUGAUCCUCUACUCGAUCGAUUCCAAUCUGACAGAUCUGGAGUUCCUAUACAUUGAUCUCUUCAUCAUCUCGGUGACUGCGUUCUUCUUCGGCAAAACUUCGUCCUACGAUGGACCGCUGGUGAAACAAGUCCCGUCAAACUCGCUUAUAUCGCUGAGUCCACUGCUAUCGCUAGGGCUACAUUUGAUCGUGGCAUUAGGAUUCCAAGUUGCUGGCUGGUAUCACAUCCAGGCUCAAUCUUGGUUCGUACCUUUCAACUACAGUGACGAACUGGCUCUGAACGAUCUCGGAUGUUACGAAAAUUAUGCCAUCUUCAGCAUCUCCUGCUACCAGUACAUCAUCCUCGCGAUUGUAUUCUCCAAGGGAGCUCCCUAUCGCAAGUCCAUCUUCUCAAACUACGGCUUCUUGGUCAGCAUAAUCAUCAACACGGCUUUAUCGAUCUUGCUGACCCUGUACCCGCCCAUGUGGCUUCAGGAUCUCUUCCAACUAGUCAUCCCCCAGGAGGACAUCACCUUCCGAGCCUAUUUGGUCGGGUAUGGAUUGGCUAACUUCAUCAUCGCACUGUUCAUCGAGAAGUUCAUCAUCGACGAGAUCGCGUUCAAGAAGCUACGCUACCGGUGGCACAACAUCGCCAAGUCCCGGCGCAAGUACUUAUUGAUCGAGCACAACUUCCGUAAAGAAGUGCAGCACCCGAGCGAUUUUAAAACCGUGCUCGGCUGGUCUAGCGAGAAGUACGAUUACUGACAUCACCUCCAGCGGGUGUUGAAACUAGUGGCGAGUGUGGUGAUGAGCGAUCGGCAAGCGUGGCUUCUAAGGCUUCAGCAGCGGAUUGAACUUCGGUAGCGAUCGCUACGAGCUGAAUUUUAAGGGAACCGUCAAGUCAUGAAGUUCUGUUUCACAGAGCAGCAGCGGAAAACUGCCAAGCGUUUAGGUUUUGAUUCUGAUAGGAUUAUUUUUGCAAUGGAAACGCGCAUUGUAGUUGCAUGCAUUAGGAUGAUUUUUUUUUAAAAGGCAAUUGUGAAGUUCAGAAUAUUAGUUCUCCGGUGAUUAGAGAUGUAAGUGCCAUAAUUGUAUUAUGUUUUCAUUAGGACUCCAGGACAAACGCUAGGGCAAAUAAAGUUUACACAUGUGAUAAUAGCGGAAUGCUGGAUUUUGGGCAAAUCUGAACUACGGAAAGAUGACGACGAGCAGGAGAAGGUUCACAAGAAUACAGGAAAUUUCGUGGCGCUGUGCAGAAUCGAAAUCAAAGGAAGACAAUAAUCAAAAUUUGUACAGAAAAGAAGUAAAGAAAAAUCAAGCCUCUGUAAUUAGUGAUAAUUUCCAACUGGCUUUUGGCUGGAGUUCUCCUUCGCUUCUGCACGCGAAAAUUGAGUACACGUUUGACGUUAGUAGGAGUGGGAGUUGAUGUGGAAACUCAAUUGACGACCAUUAUCGGAUGGAUAUUGAAUUCGACUUUGUCAUAUUUACUAUUCCACUAAUCGAAGGGAAUGACUCUUUUUUCUGUAAUAGAAAAAUCCUUGCAACUCAAGUUCUCUCAUAAACCAGUAAUAGCGAUUGUUACAUUUUGAGGUUUGUCUGCUUCAGAAAACUUGUGUUAUUUCCUUCGAUUCAAACUACAACCCAAGUAAAAUUUUAGGUUUUAUUGUAGAAGGGUUAUAACUAACUAAAACCCAAAAAUAUGUUUCUAAAACUAUAAUAAAACGCAAUUUUUUACUUGGGAAAGCACAAUACUAGUUUGGAAUCGUCAAAUCGUGCACGAAUCAAAAUUAUUGUUUAAUGCAUUUUACAAUUGAACAGUUCGAUGGAUUUUAGAAGCCGUCAAUCUUCUUCAUCGAUGGGAGAACAUGGUCAAAAGAAGAAAGCAUAAAAGUGUUCCCAGCAGUUCUACUUUAAAAGAGUAUAAAAUCAACUUAAAAAUCGCAUGUUUUGCAAGUGACAUAAAUUCAAAGAAAAAAACUUAUAUAUCAAACAAUUGGCAGUUUUAGGUUAAAACAAAACAAAAUAAAACAUACACAAGCAAGCUGACACAUUCUCACUUUACUGUACACCUUUAGUCAUAUUUGCGAGUCACAAAAUAUAUAAAAAAAAUGUUUCAAUCCAAAACCUCUAGAGAAAAUUAUGAAGUCACGCCUUCCCUUCUGAGAAGCGUUAGCUAUUUAGGAUUUGUAGGUAUGUAGCAAGAUUUUCUAAAACAAAUAUUACCACAAUGCAUCUCACAGCCAAACGCCUAGCGACCGCUGAGAGAACACUCCAAGUGCUAGAUCGAUUUUGAUUUACUUCUAUUAAGCAAAGCUCGCGGUGUUGGUCAGGAAUUUCAUUUAUAGUCAAUUUAUUUAAGCAACUUUGCGUCUGCAAUAGAAACCGGGAAUUUUCCGUGGCCACUAUAUUUCAAACACUAUCAUAAAUACAACCACAAAUAUAUACAACAAGGACCUCUGAAUUAUUUUGUUCAUACACUUUGUUAAACUCCCCGAUACCAAAUAGGCGUAAGUUGCAAAACCGAACUGUCUUAUUCGAUAAUAGUUGUUGAUCUUUCGAAAUGAGGCACUCUUAAGAAAAAAAAAAUGACUCUUCCUCACUGAAUCACACAAAACCAUAUUAGUGUGUUUGUACCGCGUAUUUGUGUAGCAAUUUUUUUGUUCACUUAAAAUUUAUAUUAAUGAAUAGUAACUUAUUGUAUGCAGGCAAACAAGCGAAAUUCAAACAGACGUGCAAAUGCUUCAGAUCGAUUGCUUUCGGAUCAAAUACUAGAAGAAUCAAACAUGGAAAUCGUAGAAAUAAAUCAAGGCAAUUCAAAAGGCGGGGUUUGAAAGCAGACGAUCGAGGUGGAAUCAAGAAAUCUACAAGGAAAAACAACUCACACUUUGUACAUAUACCGGGAAAUAUUUUACAAACCAACAAAUAAAGGUUACUAUAUCACGAA